AUGCGUUUCAAGAGCCAGAUCAAAAAUGUGAAUCUACUCGCAAAAUUCUGCGCCUCGUUGGCCUCUCUAGGCCAGAUCGCCUGGUGCCGACUCGACGACGAUGGUGUUCAGUUCACCAUCAUCCCUGACAAGGGGAGCCAGGUUUGGUCCGUCUUAAGGCCCGAGAUGAUUUUUGAGACAUACGUCCUCCAGUCUGCGUCACCCAAGAACACGAUUAACCUUGAAGUCCCCAUUCAAGCCCUUUCUCGAGCCCUCCGGUCGGCGCUUGGGGCGACGUCCACACAGAUCAGGUUGACAAAGAAGGACAACGUACCCAUACUCUCGUUGACGAUUGUGACCAACACCUUCAGCAGCGGGAAAAAUGUUGUGGCCCGACCCACAACAACUGGGAGCCAUGGUGGAAAUGGAGAAAGCGACUUCGAUGAUGCCGAAGAUCUGUCUUUCUACGAAGCCAACGCCGGGGGAGAUGGUGAACGAGAGACAAUUAUCACGCAAGACAUCCCAGUCAAAGUCCUAGCCAUGGCAGUCGUCGAGAGCCUCCACCAACCCCGGACGCCGGAGCCAGAUGUGAACAUUUUUCUCCCUCCUCUGGCACAGGUAAAGACCAUAUCCGAACGCUUCACACGGUUGGCAAUCGCCACAACCAAGGGAUCUUCUGCGGCUAGCCCUCGCCUGGAACUCAGUGCUAAUAUGCAUGGCUCGCUCAAAAUCUCCGUCAAAACCGACGCACUCAAUAUUACAAGCCGCUGGACGGGCCUGGCGCAUCCACAGCUUGAGCCGGCACUCUUCCCGGACUUGACCGACCAUCCCACCACCAGAAUGAAGGAGCUUGGAGGGCCUAACGGAGAGAACGAUGCAGGAUGGUCCAGGGUCCGGAUUGAUGCUAAGGAUUGGUCGAGGGUUCUCAGCGUCGGUCGAGUCUGUACCAAGGUCAUUGCAUGUUUCAUCAAUGAAGGAGCCUUGGUGCUAUAUGUCUAUCUGCCAGCGGAUGAAAACGGCGAUGAGGGAGAUCCCUGCCUCACAUACUACAUUAGCUCCUUCUCUGCUUGA